AACACGAAAGAAGAAGAAGAAGAUCAGCUCAUCUGUUUUGGCAGCACGUUUUUUCUACAGCGGGAGUGUUUUAAUUCCGGUGUCUUCAGCUUUUGAGCUAUGGAACGUGUGCUGCAGUCAGAAAUCCCCUCAGAUCAAAGUCAUCUUUUGGGAGUUGAGGUGAUUCUCAACAUGGCACAGAUGCAGAGGCUUUCACAAAAGCAUUUGUCAAGAAUAGCAUUCCCCAUAUGAAAGACGCAGCUAUCGAGGAUAUGAUGGCACGCAAGGCAGUGGUCCUGGAAUAUAAAAGACCAAAGAAAAAGGUGAAGAAGGUAAAAGCCAAGGGACUGAAUGCCAAAGAAAGAAGACGGCUGCAAAUAUUCCAGCUUAAGCCUGAACAUCAAAAAUAUGAACUCUUCUUACCUCUGCAUAAGCUGUGGAAAAGCUAUAUUGAGGAUCUGUGCAAUGGAUUGAAACCAGGAAGCAACCCACAGGUGAUCCAGCAGAAGCUCUUGAAAGCUGAUUUCCAUGGUGCUAUAUUAACAGUUGUCAGAUCGAAAUGCCCUUCGUAUGUGGGUCUAACUGGCAUUCUUGUACAGGAACUGAAGCACAUCUUCAAACUCAUUACAAAAGAGGACAAACUAAAAGUUAUACCAAAGAGGAACAGUGUGUUCAGUGUGGAGGUUGGAGGUUUCGUUUCUCACAUCUAUGGCAGCAAGUUUGAACUGCGCUCCAGUGAGCGAUCAGCCAAGAAAUUCAAAGUCAAAGGGACUAUUGACUUGUAACGGACCACAUUCACAUUGUCAUCUUUAACUAGUGUCUUCUACUGGAGCCCAAGAUCCAGUCAGUAUUCAUUAAUCAUGUCAUUUAUUUUGUUUUUAAUCUAAGGAAAGAUUUUAUUUCCAUCGCUUAUAUCUGUAAAACUAGAUUCCUUUAAUGUCCACAAGGGGGAGACAUUCACCCCACCCAUUUUUUUUAUUUUCUUUUUUGUAGAGCAGGAACAAGGAAAUUCAGCCAAUUCAUUUUUUUUAUAUUUAUGAGCUCAUUUAUUUAACUAAAACAAAGGCAGGACUGUAAAUACUUUAAAUAAAGAAAUACAAU